CGAAAUGGCAUCUUCCCGCGAAUAUGCCCGUGGCAUAAGUUACGUGGGCGAGCAAGAAAAGAGGCGAGGCGAGAAAAGAGAGGCCAUUCUUCUCGCAUUUUCCAGUUGGAGGCCCAAGACGAAGAUUGUCACCAAUUCACCUAACAAAAUGCCCAGAAAAAACCAAAGAAUUUCGCCGAGUCAAAGCUCAUGACACCACCAAACCAAUUCUCUCUUGUUAUAAGCCACCACCAUCUUGUUCCUCGAUCCAAAUCUCUUGAUCCAUCCGCGGCUUCCCUCGAAUCCGUGCUCUCGCAAGCCACCACGAUCGUCUUCCUUCUUUUAGAGGGAAUCCUUCCUGUUUGAAGCCAGUCGACGCAAAGUGUCCAGUAAGCCAGAACCAUCGUUUUCCUUUGAUCGAUCACCACCAUCGUCUACCUUGAUCGUCCACCACCAUCGUCUUUUCCUUUGAUCGAUCACCAGCAUCGUCUUUUCCUUUGAUCGACCACCAUCUUCCUUGAUCUCCCGAGCCAGCUCUCCUUGAUGCAACAAGCCGGAGUCACCGUCUUUCUUUGAUCGACCACGCCCCUAUAGUUGCUCGGUCUAAUCUUUCCGGAUCGUCUGCUCGAACUCAUGGGAGACUACGCACCACCCGACUUCACCCCUGCUACCGGCGAGGAUCACACCUUUACCAGCAAGCUUCCUCCUGCAACAGUUCCGGAGCUUACAAUCCCUCAGUACGUUUUCCAAGGAGUAGAGAGUUACCUGGAGAGAGUAGCGAUCGUGGACACCUCCGAUGGCCGAGAGUACACGUACAGGCAGCUCAAGCGGCUGGUGGAGAACUCGGCCGCAGGAAUGGUCCAGCACGGGCUCAAGAAAGGCGACGUUGUGCUUGUCAUUCUUCCCAACAUGGCCGAAUACUUCAUCGUGGUGCUCGGAGCCAUGGCCGCCGGUGGAGUCUUCUCGGGUGUGAAUCCAGCGUCUCCCUCGGUUGAGAUCGAGAAGCAGGUCAGGGACUCCGAGGCCAAGAUGGUGAUCACGAACUUGGCCGGUUACGACAAAGUCUGCCAUCUUAAGUUGCCGAUCGUCGUCAUUGGAGAGAAUCCACCCCCGGAAGCGAUUCCUCUUAGCUCCCUGUUCGAAGCUGACGGUCAGGCUGCUCUUCCAUUUUCCACCAGUCCAGAUGAUCUCUGUGCUCUUCCUUACUCCUCUGGAACAACCGGCGUAUCCAAGGGAGUGAUGCUGACACACAGGAACAUUCUAUCAAUCCUCAGCCAAACUCUCGCCGACUACGAGAGAAUUCCACCCGAGAUCCGUGAGGCCCUUCCACAGUACUGCGCUCUGGGACUGAUGCCGUUCUUCCACAUCUACGGUAUCACUGGCAUUGGCUGCUCUACCAUGAGGCUCAAAGGGAAAGUUGUCGUCAUGGAGCGGUACGAGCUGAGAAAGAUGCUGGAGGCUCUCAUCAAGUACGAAGUCCAGUUUGCUCCCUUGGUGCCACCGAUUAUCCUGUCCCUCGUGAAAAAUCCCCUGGUCGACGAGUAUGAUCUCAGCAAGCUGAAGCUCAAUGCCGUCAUGACCGCAGCCGCACCGCUCGCACCAGAGCUCCAGCGAGCAUUCGAAGCAAAGUUCCCAGGCGUCGAAAUGAGACAGGUAAUAAUUCUGGUUCUCAAGAUUCGUCUGAGCUUAGAACUCUGCAGGCGUAUGGGUUGACGGAAUAUAGCUGUGUUACGCUCUC